AUGUGGCAAGACUUUUCUUUUUUAAAAUUAACGGAUCCUGAUAGUAGCAAUGCUGGUACUGAAAUACCUGAAAAUAUUACUAUUGAAGAUUUUUCUGACCAAAUCGACCCAUGGCCAAACACAAAUGACUUUUUAAUUUAUUUUCAUCAUAUUUAUAUAGUUAAAUAUAAAGAUGUUAAAAUUUAUCAAAUGAAUUUUGCAGAAAAAAUUUUUAUUUAUAGAUUCCCCAAAAAUGAAUCU